AUGAAACUCAUCGAGUCACACGACACCGUAAAAUUCCCGGAAGGUGUUACGUUCUCAGUCAACAAACGGGUGGUAACCGUCAAGGGUCCUCGUGGUGUACUAAAAAGGGAUUUUCGACACUUGCACAUGGAGAUCGAGAAGAUUAACAAAAAUACAAUCCGUGUGAGAAAAUGGUUUGGAAUACGGAAAGAAGUUGCUGCUAUUCGUACCGUUUGCUCGCACAUAGAAAAUAUGAUCAAAGGUGUUACUAAAGGAUUCCGAUACAAAAUGCGGUCGGUGUAUGCUCAUUUUCCAAUCAAUAUAGCUCUUCAGGAGAAGAAUACUAUUGUUGAGAUUCGAAACUUUUUGGGAGAAAAAUAUACAAGACGCGUUCCGCUGCCUGAAGGUGUCACAGCAACGAUGUCGACCACUCAGAAGGAUGAAUUAAUCGUUGAUGGCAAUGAUUUACAACUUGUUUCACAAGCAGCAGCACGUAUUCAGCAAUCCACAACAGUAAAGAACAAGGAUAUUCGUAAAUUUUUGGAUGGUAUAUACGUCAGUGAGAAAACGACCAUCGUUGAUAAUUGA